UUUAAACCCUCCAAUAAAUAAUAACGAUCAACUGCCUAUAACACGUGUGAGCCUGUCACACGUACGUCGAUAAUCCCUACACUCCCCUCGCAAGUCAUCUCCACCGGAGAUGGCGGCGCCGUGCGACGGAGGAUCAGAACCUCACGCAGGUGGCGCGCCGUCGAAGUGCUCGUGCGGCUCGAACAACUGCGCGGAAUGCGGUCGGAGGCGAAUGUCGACCUCCAGCCUGCCAUCAUCGUCGUCCUCCUGUUCCCUGCUGAGCUUCGAUUCGUAUCCAGUUCAGGACUACGAUAAGACAUGGAGAGUUUUCACGGCCACUGUCAAAGGCUUCGCCAUCGGUGCUGGACUUAAAGGUGGACUGGCCAUCUUCGCUUUUCUCACCCGCCUUCGCCGCCGGCGAUUACUACCGGCUUCCAAGAAAGUUGAAAUGGCUUCAAUCAGUGCAGAUAUGGCUUUGGCUUUGAAAGAGACUCUAAGAUAUGGAUUAUUUCUCGGUUCAUUUGCUGGGACAUUUGUGACUGCAAAGUGGAGAGCUUUGCUGGCGGGUGCGCUAGCCGGCCCAUCAAUGCUGCUGACUGGGUUGGAUACUCAGCACACAAGUUUGGCAAUUUACAUUUUCAUGCGUGCCACUGUAUUGGCUUCGCGUUGUGGGAUAAAAAGCAAGAAAUUUGGUCAUAUAUGUAAGCCUCUAACAUGGGCACAUGGAGAUCUUUUCCUUAUGUGUCUCUCCUCUUCUCAAAUUCUGUCAGCUUACAUAUUGAAGCAAGAUAGUUUGCCCUUAUCAUACAAGUCGUUUCUCAAUAAACAUGGGGCGAAGGAUUCUGUCAUCCUGAAUGGUGUGAGAGAGAUUGCAUCUGGUUUGCCUGUCACUAAAUUGGAAGCUAUAGAAAAGUUCUAUGAGUCCAAUGGUGUCAAUAUUAAGUUAGAUCCACAGAUGAAAAUACCAUGCUCGAUAAUUCAUGGGAAUCAAGGAUGUGUUACACAUUUUUUAACCUUUCUCCUUCAAGCUUAUAAAAGAGCAUUACCAGUUUAUCUUCCUGUCUAUUUAAUUCCUGCCCUCAUCGUACAUCGUCAAGGUCUCUUGAAGAGGCCUUACACAAUUUUAUGGAAAGGUCUGUUUGGUACCGUAAGGUCAAGCUUGUUCCUCUCAACGUUAUGGACAUGCAUCCUGUUCAGAAUUUUGAAGAGAUGUAACAUUCCCAUGGUGGCAAUAGGAACGUUUCCAACUGGUCUGGCUCUAGCAAUCGAGAAAAAGAGCAGAAGAAUAGAGAUAUCCUUGUACUGUCUUGCACGAGCAAUCGAGAGCUUUUUUACGUGCAUUGCCGACACAGGACACUUGCCUCAUUCUAAACGUUUUAAAAGAGCUGAUGUUGUGGUGUUCAGCAUAUCAACUGCAAUAAUAAUGCACUGUUAUGCAAUGGAGCGUGACGUGUUCCGUUCAAAGUACCUAAAUGUUCUCGACUGGGUGUUUGGUGUUCCUCUCUCUCCGUAUGUGGCCACCCCACGUAAGAACCAAAGGCAAAACAGUGCCGAUUUUUAAGGGUCGUUCACUCAUCGACUCUUAAUUUGUUGGGCAUGUCUGUUUGAGGAUUGUAUGUGCCCUUUAUUGUCAGGGGUUGGAUUAUAUGAAAUUGCCUCUCUCAACAGGUUGUACAAGGUUUUUAGUUUUAAGGAAACAUAUCAUAGAUUCUUCAUUGCUUUGUGGAUUAUUUCGUUUUGCCCAUAUAUAUUUGUUUGUUUAUUUGUUCGUUUGUUUGGUUUGUACUGACUUCAGAAUGCGGCUAAAAAAUUUUCCCAGG